AUGGGGCAGUUCAACACUGAGAUGGCCAAGCUCAGGAAGGAGUACAAUUAUCACCAGCUGGAAUGGAUGGCCCGCCUCAGGAAAAUCCUGACUCUGGAGAAAUUCUCUGUGGAUGCUAAGGAACAGUUUGCCAACCUGCUGGACAAGUACUUCACUCAGCACCUGGUUGAGCCUGCUGAUCAGGAUGCUGAGAUGGAAAAGGUGUUGAAUGCACAGCCUGAUCAUGAGGUGAUGGAGGUGGCUGAUGAUUCUCAGGUCUUGGACUCUCAGCCUAUGAGGAGUGAUGAUGAAGCAGCAUCAGAUCCACCCUCAGAUGCUGAGCAGGAUUCUCAGGUCUUAGACUCCCAGCCUAUGAGGAGUGAUGAUUCAGCAUCAGAUCCAUCCUCAGAUGCUGAGCCCAAGUCCAAGAAGGCCAAGAAUGAAGAGCCCUAG